AUGGAAAUUUCAACAAGCACAUCCUUGGAGAAGAAUGAGAAUCAAAAGAUUAAACCAACGUUACCUAACGAUUGUAUAGCAGAAAUAUUACCAUAUUUGGAGGAUAACGUCCGAACGCUUUAUUCCUGCGCAAGGGUCAGCAGAUCAUGGUGCCAAUUAACCAUACCAUUAUUGUGGUCCAAACCCUUUGAUACCAAUACGAUCACACCAAAUACAAAAAUAAUAUCACUCAUUCGAACGCUCGGGUUUUGCCUUGAUAAUCCAACAAAAAAAUUUCUAAUACAACAACAUAAUUUUAAUCCGGAUGGAUUUAAAACCACCAAACCAUUUUUUGAUUACCCUUCAUAUAUACGAGGUUUUAAUUAUUCCAUAUUUUUAAGUUUUAUUAGAAUUUGGUUGAGAAAGGUAUUAAAAAGAAAACCUGAAUUGGAAUUAACAACCUUACUAUUUAAAUCAAUUGGAAAUUUGAUAUUUUCACGUACACGUGGAUUCGAAUCAUUAAACAUCUCUUAUAAUGAUAGGGAAGAGAAUGAAUAUGAAUUAGAUGACGAAGAUAGUGAAGAGGAUGAUACCAAUGAUUACGUUGAUCUUUUAGAGAGUAACAUCCGAAUGGAAUUAUACGAUAUCACACUAUUAGAGAAUUUUAAUAAUGCGAUAACUAAUAUCGAAAAGUUUACCUAUUGCUAUGUGGGUCUUUACAUGGGAAGGAAGGAAAGAAUCUUUUUUGAAGUGAUGAAGAGAAUUUUUGAAAAGUUAACCGAAAAUUGUAAAAAUAUUAAAAAGUUAACGAUUUACGCGGUACCAGAAAAUUUAUUGGAUGUAAUAUAUUUACCGGUCUUAUGUAAAGCAACGGCAAAUUUGAUCAAGGUACAAAAAAACAUUUCAUCAAUCACAUUUAAUCAAGAGUGGGUAGACUUACCGAACAAUCCAUUUUAUUCGUCAUUACUAAGCGAGAGGGUGGUAUCUUCAUUGAGAUCAUUAAAAUUAUGUCACAUAAAUGAUUUUGAUGGUUUAUUAAAAGUACUCUGCGGCUGUAACAACCUGGAAACCCUGGAAUUCACGGAUAAAUUUUACGUUUCGGAUGUUAAUCAUGCGAUACAACGUAUUAUGCAAUACCCACCCAUUCACAUUAAACAUUUACAUUUUUAUAGUUUUGAAUAUGAUGAAUAUGCUGGUAUAGAAACCUUUAUUUCAUCAAUUGAAGUAUUAUUUCGAUUAUCCAAUAAUAAUUUACGUUCAUUAACAAUCGGUGAUGUGGAUGCAAACCUUAUUAAAUUGAUCGGAUCUUAUUGUACAAAUUUAAAUUAUCUAUCAAUUGAAUUAUUACCUGAAUUAUUUCCCGCCUUGAAUCAAACUUUACUCUCGUUAAAUAACCUUGAACAUUUGAUAUUGGCCGAAGGAAAAUAUAGUAUUUACCCUAGAAAUAAUAAUGGUAGAAGACUUUUUCCCAAUUUGAAUUUCAGGUAUCCCGUUAAAACCUUUGCUAAAUCAUUACCCAUCUCUUUAAAACAUCUUGGUCUUGAUAUUAACCUUAACAAUGAAGUAUUGGAUCAAUUUUUAAGUGCUUUAAAAUGUCCCCUUCACACUUUAGAUAUUUAUGAUGGCAUGAAAGUUGAAUAUUUGGAAAUUAUCAUCAAAUAUGUUGAAAAUAAUAACAGUAUUUUAAAGCAAGUUGGGUUUAGAUCCGUUAAUGUCUCUUUAGGUAAUGAGGAGUCUUUUAAUAAAUUUGGGAGGGUUAUGGCUAGAAUUUUUGGUUUAAUUCAAAAGGUUUACAUGGUUAAGAAACAUUUGCAUGAUAGUUUUAGUGAUUUCGCACCUACUGAUGUUUGGUUAAGAUGA